AUGGGCCGAGGAGAUGCUGGGUCCCAAGGGAAGAAGGAGGAAGCUGUAAUCUUACUGCGGGACUCCAUUAAGUACGGCCCAGAGUUCGCAGAUGCUUACUCAAGCCUGGCCUCGCUGCUAGCUGAACAGGAACGGCUUAAGGAAGCGGAGGAGGUCUAUAAGGCUGGCAUAGAGAAUUGUCCAGAGAGCUCUGAUCUGCAUAACAACUACGGUGUUUUCUUGGUUGAUACCGGAGCUCCCGAGAGAGCCGUGUCCCACUACAGGCAGGCCAUCAACCUGAGCCCCGCUCACCACGUGGCCAUGGUGAACCUGGGCAGGCUUCACCGCUCCCUGGGGCAGAACAAAGAGGCCGAAGUGUGGUACAAGCGGGCACUGAAGGUAUCUCGGAAGGCUGAAAUCCUGUCCCCACUGGGGGCUCUGUAUUACAACACGGGGCGGUAUGAAGAAGCGUUGCAGGUUUACAGAGAAGCAGCAUCACUGCAGCCUUCAAACAAAGAGAUCCGACUGGCGCUGGCUCAGGUUUUAGCAAUGAUGGGGCGGACGAAGGAAGCUGAAAAGAUGACGAACCAUAUACUCCACGAGGAUGUGGAGUGUCUGGAGUGCUACCGCCUUCUGUCAGCCAUCUACAGCAAGCAGGAGCACUACGCCAAGGCACUUGAAACUAUAGAAAAAGCUCUUCAGCUAAAACCAAAGGAUCCGAAAGUCAUAUCAGAGCUCUUUUUCACUAAAGGAAACCAGCUAAGAGAACAGAAUCUCCUUGACAAGGCUUUUGAGAGCUAUAAACGGGCUGUGGAGCUCAACCCAGACCAAGCGCAGGCCUGGAUGAAUAUGGGAGGCAUUGAGCACAUCAAGGGGAGCUAUGUCACUGCCCGUGGCUACUAUGAGAAAGCCUUACAGCUGGUUCCAAACAGCAAGUUGCUGAAGGAGAAUCUGGCCAAACUGGAUCGCUUGGAGAAACGGUUUCAGGAAGUCCAGGAGAAAGACCAAACAUAGCAUUCAGUCACCAGUGGAAAGAAACUCAUGCCCCUUGGAGAAGAGUAUGGUGGAAGCCUAUUGCUUGAAGUGAUGCUGAAGGAACUUUGAUAGGACUCAGAAUUAUGGAAGGCAAAUUCUGAAUGCAUGCUUAUGUUUGACCAAAGUUACAGGAGACACUUGCUCCUGUGGGACAUGCUGGAGAAUGAAUGAAAACCUUCCUUUAAUCAAGAUUUAUGUUUAGGCUGAACCUGAUUUAAUCACACUGGGAGUGUGGGUGGGACCUAUACCUUCAAUGUCUUGGUUAUCACUGGGGAAACCAUGGAGACAAAGUACUCCCCCAUUGCAGCGGGAUUGAAGUAGCACCUCCUGUUACUCAACACAGGCUCACCUCGUCCAUGUAAAGUACCACUGAUGGGCUUCAUUGCAAGUGCUGGCAGGUCCUUCUGAGCCAGGAAAGAUGGUCAUAAUGGUCACAUAAAAAGGUUUCAAGGGGUUAAUGCUGAGGAAAUGGUGGCCACUUUUACAGCUCUAAAUAUGACUUGAAAAUUAUUUUAGAGAAAGGGAAAAUGAUAUCUGAAUAUCACCCUAACAGGAUGAUUCUACAAGUAGGACAAAUGAUCCUUUGAGGGAAAACCUCACCUGAAUGUUUUACUCAUAAGAUAGUAAUUUUGUAGUAAUUCAGGUUCAUGAUGCCAGUAUUGUCAAACAUCAUAUGGCUUUACCCUUUGCCCUCUCUCUCCAGGCCGAAGAAUUAUUAUUCCAUUUUCAAAAAAAUGGAAGCAUCCAAAGGUAAUGGGAAGCUCUAGGAUUACUUGUCCUCCUGUCCAGUCCCCAG